UCCGCAGGACUACAUACCAGGAAUGUCGUUUGCUUAUUCAGCCAUGGUCAUCAGGACGUGCGGCAACUUCAUUUACACUGCGGCUGUAGCAUGUUACGAGUUCUUCAUAUUGCCAAGAACUGUUGUCAACGUUAUCAAGAUUGCGAGCUGGAUACCUACUGAUCUGCGCCUGUGGUACGGGGUAUUCUGGCUGGUCAUCGAGGUGUACAUGCUCUCGCGCCUGCACGCCUACACGAGCCGCCUGAGAGAGGCGUCGUCGGAGGGAACAUACACGUCGCCGUAUCCGGGGGCAGAGCCAGAGUACCAGGGGUCGCCACCAGACUCGCCGACCACCACGACCCCCGAAGAGCAGCAGAGCCCGGAACGUCCUCGGGCCUCGCCGUAGCUCCCUCGCACUCUGCCUCGAUUUCGGCCGUGGCAAAUGGGCGCGGUCGGGAGACCACGCCGCGUGCACCACGACGCCCGUGUUUCUCCGCUAUGCUCUAAGCGCUUUCUGCCCGUUUUAUUGCGAUCGAUUUUAUUUUUCCCGUUAGCUAUUAAAUUAUGUCUGCAAACAUGCUGGCAUUGGUGUUUCUACCACAUUACGCCACGAAAAUUAAUCAAAUCUUUUUUCGGAACGUGAGCACUUUUUGUGCCCACCCCUGCCUACUAUCCCUCCGGAAUGAUGCGUACGCAUGCGAACAGACAUCUCUACGAGCAGGAGACGUAGCAGGUGCGGACCCGCGCAAACUAACUGCAGUAGCUAGCACAUAUUGGCACCUUCUGUUCCUGUCACUUUGUCCCCGUCCGCAACACACAUAUCCCACGCAAUGUGUACAUUAAUGCGAUCGCGUUAAGGGCCCCGUGUCGCAGAAAAUCCGGUGUCGGCGUAGGCGUUCGCGGCCGAGAAAAUCAUCCCGAGCCACGCGUAUUCCACAAGUCGCUAAAAUUGUCCUUCUAUCAAUAAAGUUGCUCAUACUUUUGUCUUA